AGGAGGAGGAGGAGACGUCCGAGAAACAACCAUGGCGGACAUAAACCAUAUUAUGAAAUCCCCACAAACUAUGACAGAUGCAAAAAAACUCUCUGGUUCUGAAGGGAAGAGCAUACCUAUUAGCAAAUCUGUGGACUCUGUGAUACCGGCAGACGAGAGUUACAGAAUGGAUCACCCCGAAAUGGGAAUGUGUCUUUUAGUCAACAAUAAAAACUUCCAUCCAGCUACUGGGAUGGCAUAUCGAUCUGGUACAGAUGCCGAUGCUGCACAUGUUGUAGACACGUUCAGGACCUUGGGGUACACGGUGAAGCCUUAUAAUGAUCUUGCAUGUAAGCAGAUUAUUGAAGUUUUGCAUAAUGCUGCCAAGGAUGAUCACAACAAGAGAAACAGUUUUGUUUGUGUCUUGUUAAGCCAUGGAGAGGAUGGACUCAUCUAUGGUACAGAUGGUCCUCUGGAGCUAAAAAUGUUAACAAGUCUCUUCAGAGGAGACAGAUGCAAGACCUUGGCAGGAAAGCCAAAGCUCUUCUUUAUUCAGGCUUGUAGAGGAACAGACCUUGAUUCUGGUAUUGAAACAGACAGUAGUACGGAUGAAAGCACAUGUCAGAAAAUACCUGUAGAAGCCGACUUCCUCUAUGCCUAUUCAACUGCUCCUGGCUACUACUCUUGGAGGAACUCAUCAGAUGGCUCCUGGUUUAUACAGUCACUGUGUGGGAUGCUGAAACAGCAUGCUACAAAACUUGAACUUAUGCAAAUUCUGACACGUGUAAAUCGCAAGGUUGCAGAAUUCAGUUCUUACUCAAACAGACCAGACUUCCAUGGAAAGAAGCAGAUCCCUUGUAUUGUGUCUAUGCUCACAAAAGAUUUUUAUUUUCCUCACUAGCUUCCUACACUGUGGUGUGAAAGCUAGCAGAAGAGCACUAGCAUUUUAUAUUAUUUUUAACUCUUGACCCGAAGUCCAGUCUCUAAUACAUAGGUUGUAUUGAAAUGUUAUCACCUAUGGAGUGGAUUACUACAAUCACUAGAAUAGUGGGAUCACUUGCUAGUUCAGAAAUUCUAAUUUGGAAAAUGAAAAUAUUUGUAGAUUUGCAGUUAUGCUCUAACCUCCAUGCUAAAAUAGAUUGAAGGAAGAGAUCAACUAUUACUGUCAAAAUAAAGUAUCAGUUACCGCAGAGUGAAGAGCAAUAAAAGGUUACUUUUUGUUAACUUUGGUAACUGUUGCAGCCCAAUCCUGGGGUUAUUUACCUGAAAGCAAACUGUUGAUAGAAAUGGUAUUUCCCCCCCCCCCCAAGUCAAUAUCAUUAGAAUUGGAGGAAUUAAUGUCAUUACACAAGAGUGCAGUUUUUCAAUAUGGUGUAAGGACUAAACUAUUAUCUUUCAUAUACAAUCAUGUAGCACAAUCAAACUUGUGAGGUAGUUAUUCAGCCUUUUAGAAAAGGCUAAAUGAAAUGCUUUUUGAGCCUUUUCAAAGCAUUUUGACCACUUUAGAAUACCUUAAGAUUUUUUUUUAUUUUUUUGUAAAGAGGUGCUUCUUUUCUAAUAGAUGACAAAUGGUGCUUGGAACGCUGAUCCUAACUGGAUCCAGGCCUUAAAGCAGUUUUGCAUGCUUACAUUCACAUUUCAUUUUAGGCAGGAGUGUUGUGCAUGUGGUAGUUUGUGAAGAGUAUAAAUUCAGCCUACUCCUAAACACA